GUACCCCCUUUCUUUCUUCAAAGCUUUAUAAAUAGACUCAUCAUGUCUGUCAAUUAGCUAGUUACUUGAACAGAAUUUCUUAAGUAAUUCACUUCUCGUAGUUUCAAUUACUGUUACCAAACCCAAAAGCAUAUUGCUACGUCUUUAAUUUCUCUCCACCAAAUUUAAACACUACAAUAAUUCCACUAAAAGAAGAAAGAAACAUGGAUGGAUUUGGUGUUGAGGCUAAGAUUACACGUCGGAGUGACAAUCAUCAUCCUACUAUUUGGGGAGACCAUUUUCUUGCCUAUGCUCAUCUCUCGGGAGCGACUGAAUGGGAAAAGAGGGAACAUGAGGAUCUAAAAGAAGAAGUGAGAAAAAUGCUAGAGAUGUCUCCUUCCAAAUCUUUGCAAAAACUUGACCUGAUCAACACAAUCCAAUUGCUUGGAGUAGCGUAUCAUUUUGAAAAUGAGAUUGCGGAAUCAUUGAGUAACUUUUAUACUUGUUAUGAAGAAUGGAUUAGUACAGUUAAUGAAAGUGACCUUCAUGCUGUUGCUCUAAGUUUUCGAUUGCUUAGGCAACAAGGCUAUUAUGUCUCAUCUGAUGUUUUUAAGAAGUUCAUUGACGAUCAAGGAAAUUACAAAAAAACAUUGGUUAGCGACGUGCCAGGAUUGUUGAGCUUGUACGAGGCAGCACAAUAUAGAGUACAAGAUGAAGAAAUUCUUGAUGAAGCAGUUAAUUUUACCAUCAGUCAUUUGAAGCUACUGUUACCUAAAUUAAGCAAUUCUCUACAGAUGAAAGUCAGCAAUGCACUAAAGUAUCCAAUUAACAAAACUAUAGUGAGGGUAGCGACGAGAAAAUACAUAUCGUUUUACCAAGAAGAUAAAUCAUGUGAUGAAAUUUUACUGAAUUUCGCAAAAUUGGACUUCAACAUAUUGCAGAAGAUGCAUAAAAGGGAGCUGUGUGAUAUCACAAGGUGGUGGAAAGAAUUGGACUUGGCGAAAGCAUUACCUUUUGCAAGAGACAGAGUAGUUGAGUUGUACACCUGGUCUUUGGGUGUGUACUUUGAGCCACAAUAUAAGAUUGCCAGGAACAUAAUAACCAAAGUGUUAUGCUUCAUUUCUAUUACUGAUGACAUCUAUGAUACCUAUGGAACACUACAUGAACUUACUCUCCUCACAAAUGCAAUAGAAAGGUGGAACAUUGACGCUACAGAACAGUUACCAUCAUAUAUGAAGCUUUUCUACAAUGCUCUUCUAGAUGUUUACAGUGAAGUGGAGAAAGAUUUGGCGAAGGAGAACAAGUCAUUUCGAGUCAACUAUUCUAUAGCUGCGAAGAAGAAGUUGGUGAGGGCUUAUUUUAAAGAGGCCAAAUGGUAUCAUGGGAACAAAGUCCCAACAAUGGAGGAGUAUAUGAAGAAUGGAAUUCAAUCUAGCACUAGCCCAUGUCUUGCAACAGUUUCUUUAUUAGGCAUGGGGAAUAAAGCAACCAAAGAGGCUUACGACUGGUUUGCAAGUGAACCUCCAAUUCUCGUUGCUUCCGGUAUCACUGCAAGAUUAUCCAAUGAUAUUGUAUCACACGAGAGAGAAAUAGAAAGAGGAGAUGUAACAGGUCUUGAAUGUUACAUGAAGGAAUAUGGUGUCACAAAAGAAGAAGCAAACACGGACAUAAGGAAAAUAAUAGAGAAUAGUUGGAAGGAUAUAAAUCGAGGAUGCCUUAAACCUACAGCAGUACCAAGGAUUUUGCUCAUGCCAGUGCUCAACCUUGCUAGAAUGUCGGAGUUUGCAUAUACAGAUGAAGAUGCUUAUACUUUUUCCAAAAAUAACUUCAGAGAAGCCGUUUCUAUGGUGCUAGUUGAUCCCAUUACACUGUGAAAACUUGAUAAGGAAAAAUAAAGAGAAUACAAUAGAAAAGAAUUGCAAUUCUCUAGAAUGCUUAUAUUCCUUUUUGUUUUGGUUGAAAGGAGAAUAUUACAUAUAUUUAUUAUGUGUCAUUACAAAUGGAGGCACUAGCAUCAGCUUUACGUUUCAAAAUAAAUUUAUCCGAAAUUUGUCUAACAAAAGAAGUUUCUACCAAACACAUGAACUUUAAAGUGGGCAAAAAUGUUGACUUGUUGCUUCCAGGGAAAACACAGGAGAAUGCUUAUAUUUAGGAUAAGCUAAAUGUAAUGGAAUGAAUAUUGUUACUACUUUCAUAUAAGUAUAUUAAGUUAUUGGAGUUGAACUCUUUUGUUUGUA